AUGACAUCAUUGACAUGCGUGAAUCCUUUCGGAAUGCUUCAAGACUUUCUUGCCGACUGCUUCUACAAAUAUGGCCUGUUUAUUAGCAAACAUCCACGUGCUUUUGCCAUUGGACCAUUAGUUUUGACGUGUAUACUAGCAACAGGACUCUUUGGCGUGAGGAUGGAGGAUGACUUGCGUUUUCUAUACUCUCCAGAACAUUCACAGUCAAGAGUAGAGUAUCAAAUACACAAAAGUUUUACUGGUGCUUCAAUGAACAACUCAUUUGUCUCACUUACGCUAGAGUCUAUGGAUUUUGACAAGAACUUGCUUACCAAGGAAAGAUCUCAUCUCAUUAGAAAGCUGAAUAAGUAUAUCCUAGAAAACAUGACAUUGACGUUGGAAAGCAGAGAGGUAAAUUUUGGUCACGAUGUUUGUCUGAAAUUAAAACAGUGCACCCUAAGCAACACCAUUGUGGAUAUUUUCUUCGAUGCGUUCUGGAAUAACCGUUUGCGGGAAGAUCCACGGAUCAAAGUCGAAUAUCCGACAAUGACGUUCUUUGAAAAAAAAUUGUUCCUGCCCACACAUCUCUAUGGUGUGCGGACCGAUACUGAAAACGCUAUCCAAUUUGUGGAAAUGGUUCAUUUAAUCUACCAGAUACCUGCAUACCACAACAUAUCUUCCGAAGAUGUGUCUGUCGCAUUCUCGGAGUCAUUACGGAAAGUGUUGGGCACUCACUUGGCUCCCUUCAAAUCCUCGAUGUUCAGCCUUUCCAUUCUAAAAGAGGAAAUGCAGAAGAAUGCCACUUACACUGUUCCUUUUAUUUCUUUAACACUUCUGCUAUUAGUUACCUUCACAGUAGGAUCCUGUAUGACGAGCGAUUGGAUAACUUCAAAACCAAUUGAAGCAAUGAUUGGGGUUCUAACGUCAUCAAUGGCAAUUGUGACCGUGAUGCCUUUCAUUGCUUUGGCCAUCGGAGUGGACGAUGUUUACGUGAUGUUAGGGGCAUGGCAGCAUACUGGGCGAAUGCUAUCGCCCGAAAAACGUAUGGCACUGGCACUGGAAGAAGCAGGAAGUGCAAUUUCUGUAACUUCAAUAACCUCUAUUCUAUCGUUUGGAAUAGGUUCGUUUUCUUCUACACCUGCCAUCUCUAUAUUUUGCAAGUUCAUAAUGGUCGCUGUGGCAUUUGAUUGGUUUUAUCAGCUAACAUUCUUCUCCGCUGUCAUGGUGUUGGGUGCGAGAAGAGAGGCCGCUGGCUACCACUGCAUUUUUGUAUGGAGAAGGUGUGAGAAGUCCGAAAUUGAAAAGGUUUUUGUCUAUAUUAUCUACAUAUUUACUGCAUUUUAUGGAUGUGCGCAGUUGAAACCAAACUUAACUCCUUCUCGACUAGUUGUUGAUGAUUCUCCUCUUGUUCAUUAUUUGCACCUAGCUGAGAAGAAAAUAUGGGCAGAGGGACUUAUCGGACGAGUAUACGUUAAUAAGGCACCAGACUUCAAUAACCCUCACCAGAUCGAAAGAGUUUUGGACCUUGUUCAUGAUCUCGAAAGCACACCUUACUCGAUGGGACCGAAUUCAACGUCAUUUUGGUUAAAAGAGUUCAAUAACUACAGGCAAUUCUUCUUAGUAGACGGGGAGCGAUUCUAUUCAACACUGAAAGCCUUCUUGAAAGUGUCUUUUAACAGUCACUGGGAAACUGACAUACACUGGACGAGUCACGAAGACGAGAAAGAACAACGAGUGGAAAAGUUUGCAUUUACGACAGCGUUCAAAAUAGCGAGCUGGAAUGUAAGAACUGAACUACUUCUUAUGUGGAGAAACAUCACCGGUCACUAUCCAGAAUUUGAAGCAUUCGUUUUCGACGAAAACAAUUUUUAUUCCGAUCAGAUGUUAGAGUUGCAAACGACUACGCUCCAAUCUCUCGGAACUGCUAUUUUGACUCUUAUUUCAGUGUGCAUUCUUUUCGUAGCUGAAUCUUCAAUUGUAUUUUGGGUGACAUUCAGUCUGAUCUCUAUGGAUAUUGGGACAGCUGGGUUUUUGUCGUUGUGGGGAGCUGAUCUCGAUCCUACGACUGUUGUUAAUAUUUUGAUGUCAAUUGGACAGUGCAUUGAUUUUGCUACACAUGUUGGAUAUCGCAUAUAUCGCUCGGAAUGCACUGAUCCGAACGAUCGUAUUCGUGAUGCAAUGGGCGCAAUAGCGUGGCCUGUGUUGCAAGCCGGAAGUUCAACUCUCCUUGCGAUCGUGGUGAUGAUCUUAGUUCCAUCGAACGCUGUUCGUAUGUUUGCUCGUACAUCAAUACUAGUUGUAGCAACGGGACUGUUUCAUGGUCUACUAGUUCUGCCAGUUAUCAUUCGAACUUUCGCAAGCCAUGCAAAGGCUCAUGUGCCCACUCACAGUAACAGAUGA